ACAGACAGCCCUACUCUGAGCCAAAGGCUGAUUUCUUCAAUCGAGGGCUCCGAUUUUUGGGCACUAGGACCCAGGGGGAGCUUGAGUCUCAUGAGUCAAUGCAGCUCUCAACCCUCAGGGCAGUGAAUGAGGCUGGAGAAGCAGAGUGUGUGUGUGAAUGGCUCAUCUGAUUUGGAAGUGUCCACAAACUAGGAUACUACAGGCUACAGAACAGCUUGGGCACCCCUUAGGAUUCCAUCUCCUAGUGGGACUGAGGGCACAGCGUGGAGGUUACCUUUCUGGGCUCUCAACAGUGCGUAACCCUCUACCCAUGGGUGCUGUCUCCCUCUCAUCUGCUUGCAGGUUCCACUUUAUAACAAGGGAGCUACAGCACUAAGAGAGCAGAACCCAGAGUAGGCUGCACCGAGACUCUUAGCUGUGCAGUCACACUGGCCUGCCUGAUGGCAUGCUGCAUCCAAUUUCAGCUCAGCGUCUGGAGGCAAUAGAGACCUUGCCUGGGAGCAGCUUUCCGUUCAGUACACCCAGAGCUUUUUUGCUCGGCAUACAGGCAGCACCAAAGUCAGAGAAUAAUGCUCCAGGGGGGUUUCCUGCAGGACCCACCAUUCCAAAUAUCCACCGGACUAAAGCCAAUCACAUUGCCAAGGCGGCUGCACACACAGGAAACCACAGCCUCGUUGAGAAGGCGGACGACGGAGACUCAGGCCAAGCGGCCAACAUCACGGUGGAUCCAAAGCUUUUCAGGAAGAGACGAUUCCGGUCCCCUCGGGUUCUGUUCAGCACACAGCCCCCGCCACUGGUAGGGGACGGCCAGGACAUGGAGUAUCUGGGAAGUGGAGAUUCUCUUAACAGGACUGUCCGAACCAAGCGGACGGCUCAUCCCGUGCUGCACCGCGGAGAAUUCUCAGUCUGUGACAGUGUCAGCAAGUGGGUUGGGGACAAAACCACAGCAACAGACAUCAAAGGCAAAGAGGUGACGGUGCUGGGAGAGGUGAACAUUAACAACAAUGUCUUCAAGCAGUACUUCUUCGAAACCAUGUGCAGGGAACCUAAGCCUGUUUCCAGUGGGUGCCGGGGGAUUGAUGCUAAGCACUGGAAUUCCUACUGCACCACCACGCACACCUUUGUCAAAGCACUGACAAUGGAAGGCAAGCAAGCAGCCUGGAGAUUUAUCCGAAUUAAUACUGCCUGCGUGUGCGUGCUCAGCCGGAAAACCGUGAGACCCUGAGAUGGAACAAACCAUCGCACCCACAUGCUCCCCUCCCCCCUACCUCAGCCUGUAAAUUAUUUUAAGUUAUAAGGACUGCGUGGUAUAUUUAUAGUUUAUACAGUAAAGAACGAACCUCGCUAUUUAUUAAACUUUUGGAAACUCGUUUUGUGUGAUGCAUUUAAUUUAACGAUGUAACACUCCUUUGGGGACUAUUCAAUUACUGCCUUGUGAGCCACACAGCGUGGCCACUGAGCGCACUGUUCUGUGAAAAAAAACAUUUUGCACUUUCCUUCCACCCUCCCUCCCCCAAGCCAAUUUUCACAAGCAAACCUGCCCUUUUCGUGGGAAAAUCUAUGGCUUGUUCCAGAAGGUUAUGUUCUUUUCCAACUCAUGAAAGUAUAAAAAAAAAAAAACACUAGAAAAAUAUAGCUGGGUUUACUCCCAUUCUACUAGUCUCCAAGGGGUAAGCUGUGUUAGUCUGUAACUUAAAAUGUUUUUAAAAAACCAAAACAAUCAGUGGUCCUGUAUAUUUUUGUUAGGCUCUAAAGUGCUACAGGCCCACUUGUUUUUUUCCAGUUUUGUCCCCAUUCUACUCGUCUGUCAUUAGGAUUCUGAGAACUGUUGGUGCAACAUACAGUGAUUUUUAUACCACUCUGGGCAUUAUGAUGUAAAUGCUCAGUGUGUCUGAGAAAGUUACCAAACAUUUUGAUGAUGAAAAUAGCCAUCUCUAAGUCAUGUUAGACAAAAGAAGGCUAUGACGUGGACCAAGAUGAAGAUUUUUGUUUGAGAACAAUAUCAUUUAUGAGUUGUACUAGAGAGUGAUGGCACUAAUGGUGUUUUACAUCAGAAAUCUCUAGUUCUAGGGUUGUGUAAGUUAACUAUAGACGGUGGCUUGAAGCUGGGUGACAGUGCCUUAAUGUGGGAGUGAACGUCUUAAAACAGUUAGAGCAAGAUCUUUUGGUCAUAUUUCACUAAGAACAGUCCAAAAAUAACCCUCCUGUUUAUGGUUUCUGUGCUCCCGGUCCCUUGGGAGCACUAUGGUUUCUAGACCUGGUGUAGCUGCCAGCCUGAAGCCUGUAAUGUGUCUCCCAGCCAUUGCGUACUGAACAAAAACUUCACAACGUCCCAUUGUUUCCUCUGGAAAAGUAGCAGCUAUCCCCCUCAGCACACGGUUUCAAAACAAGCAUCCCAAGGGGUUGUAGUUUGGGGUCUCCCAAACCCUAAACCAGGGCUACUCCACAUGCGGCCUGCAGCCUCUCUGUGGCCUGUGCUGCAGUUUGAGUUUACGUGGAGCUUAACACAGCCCAAGGGUGGGAGCCAAAACAAAAAAGUAGUCAACGUAAUGGUCUUCUAUUGCUAUGCAGUUUAGCAGUUAC